AUGGCCAUGCUGGGCGCCUUGCCCCCGCGCCCACCACCCGCGCCGGGGGGUCCCCCGAUGCCGCGGGAGCUGCCGCCGGCGGGGCAGCGGCGCCUGCCGGAUGGCCGCCGGCCGGACCAUUUGUGGUCGGUGCCGAACUCGGCACUCGUGAAAGAACGUCAGCCCUGCCAGUAUCCGGCGCAGCUCCCGCCUUUGGGUUGGGCGGCUCCGCCCAUGGAGGACUGGCGAGACUUGAAGGCCAACGCCCUGCGACCCCGUUUGGUGAGCAUGGACACUGGUGCCGAGGCCAAGGAAUGGCUGGAGCGACGCCUCGAGGCCUCGGUCACCGAGCAGCGGGACCAGAUAUCCCGCCGCUUCGGCGCCUUCGAGCAGGCGGAUAAGCACUUCAAAGACUGGGUGCAGCGGGAACACGAGCAGCUGCAUUCGCAGCUCCAACAGUUGCGUGUGUCUGUUCAAGAGACAGGGCAGCAGCAGCAAAGGCUUGUGGGGAACCUCACAGCCCAGAGCCAGAAGCAAGACAUGCGCUUGCAGGAACUGGAGGGGCAGAUGGCUCAAUCGGUGGCGCAGGUCCAAGGCCUGAUGAACGCCGUCUCAGCCGGUGCCAUGAACGCCGGCAAUGGUGGAGGCACUGGCGAGGCCGCCAUGGGCGCGGCUGCGGUGGCCGCCUCCGCCUCGGCGAACUUGGAGGUCUUGCGACAGGGCCUGGAGCGCGAGGCCAGCGCACGAGUGGCGCUAGGCGCGGAGACGGCCGAGCAGUUGAAGCAGCUCAGCGACAUGGUCUAUGAGCUCAGCAAUCGACAGCAGCAGCAACAGGUCUCGGCGCAGCAACAUCUCCAGCAGAAUGCUGCGCAAGAUGAGAAGGACCAAGCGCGAGUGGUGCAGCGCGUCCAGGCGCUAGAGCCCUCAGUGAGCUCCAUGCGAGAGGAACUCGAGGAGCUACGCAAGCUGCUUUAUCGCUGUGGCACUGACUGUGCCAAGCGUUGCGAGGAAAGUGAGGAGCUUUGCCAGAAGCGCUUGGGCGGAGUCCAGGAGGCAGCGCUCAACGCCGCACGGGAGCUCUGGGAAGAGCAUCAGCGCGUGGUGGUCGAGUGCAAGUCUUCCCUGGCGGCACUGCAGCAGAUCUUAGACUCCAAGGACCCUGUUCAGUGGCUUGAGAAAGUGUCAUGUCGCCCGCGCACGGUUGACCUCGAAAGCUUCGCGGACCUGCAUGACGAUCCUCAUACCUUGGCACUGACAGUACUGGACCGGGAGCAAGGCAUGAACGGGUGUGGACGGCUCGUGGUGCUGGCAUGCGUGAUGACCAUACAGGCAUGCUUGGUGGGGAGUCUGUGGGAAGAAGCCUUAGGGCGGCCCAUCUCAGAGCACCUUCUUUGUGCACCCGGCGUGCAUUUCAUGGGCUCCUUGGUCCUCAUUGGAGUUCUACAGAUGGAAUUCUGGCAGUGCGGGCACCUAUACCUCGCUAUCACCAUGAGUCGAUGCAGAUGCACUGGCCUUUUGUUCUUGCUACUUCCCAAGCUGGGCCUGGCAUCUGUGGAGAUGGUCAUGGGUUUGCCCUUCAUUUGGCGUGCGCAGCUCAAAUCUGAGCUGGUCCUGAAUAUCCUCCUGCUGACCUUCGUGGCACGCCUUGAUGAUAAUUUAUCCUACGUGGGCAUGAUGAAGCUGGAUCCUGCUAUUCAGAGCGCUUUUCUGGAGCAGGCAAAGCUUGCGGACACGGAGCGAGCGCUCCAGACGGAGCAGAACGUGCGAAUCGAAGAGCAGCAGCGGGCAGAGGGAGUCGUCUCACGCUUGGGCCUAGCUUUGGAGAAGGCACAGGCCGCCUGGCUCAAGGACUCCGCAAAGCUCUCGGAGGAGAUCCACGAGGCCAAGCGGGACUUCAGCAUCGAGAUGGACGGAGAGACGCGGGGCGUUGCGCGGCGGCUGGCCGAUGGGCUGGAGGCGCAGCAGCGGUCCAUCGACGAGUUAGGACGGAAGAUCAAUGGCCAGAAGGCGCUCGUGGGCGCUCGUGUGCGCGUGGCGGAGGGAAAUGGUAUGGCGAUGGUGGAGAUGAGACUGGGCACGGAGCUCACCAGUGUGGCAGAGCGCUUGGACAGCAGCCAGCGCGCACAGCAACAAGAACUCCGGGAUGCAGAGGGACGCAUGAUGAGACAGUUGAACGAUGUGCAGACCAUUCAGAGUGGUCGCACGCAACAGGCUGUCUUUGACAUGAAGGCAUCGGUGUGUUCUUGGACUGAAGGAAGGAGGUCGAGGUCUCCUGAAGUUAGAAUAGAAGGUGAUGAGCUCGAAGGAAGGGCCAUGGCUGCUGUGAACAGUCUGGAGACCCGCACCUUGGAGAAGAUCCAGGACACGGUGGAGCUCGAGCGGGACAAGACACGCCUGGAGCUCCAGCGUGCCCUGGAGGAGGAACGCCUGGAACGGCGCAACGCCGAUGACGAGCUGCGCGCCGAACGGGAUCGGCACCUGGAGCAGAUGAGCCGCCCGGCUUCGGCCGACCGUUCGGCCGGGGAGGAAUCGAUUCGAUCGGACCAGGAGCGUUUGCUGAAGCGCUUGGACGAACAGGUGGCCAGCGAGCGGAGCAAAACCCGCGAGCAGAUUGAGGCCUUCAUUGAGGAGGAACGCAGCGAACGACUCAAGGCGGUCCGGGCGGAGGGUUUGUGA